CACCACCACCACCCUCCACCGUGCCACGCCACACCGCCCCGGCAUCGCAUCGGCUGCCUGGCUGUCGCAUCACGCAGCUGGGAGCGGAUUCUAUUGGCUGUUGCUCGGCUACUGUACUACCGACAGCUUUACGGUAGCAGCCGCGGCCAGAGAGAGAGGAGGAUGUGUGUGAGCUGUGUGGUCUUUUCAUCUCCCUGAAGCGCACAAUCUGCUGGCUUUCAAUAUGAUUUUGAGACGACUUUAGCGGGUCCUUUCUCCUACAUACAACCUCUGAACCCUGUUUGUUUAAACCGAGAAGAGAUGCGCCCGGAUAACCGCGGAUACAUUGUCCUGACACCGCGAGAAGAGGAGGAGAGGAGCAUGUAACCGGGAGAAACGCACCACCUGACACUUCUCUCUCUCUCUCUCUCUCUCUCGCUCCUUGUUUUCCUCAUAAUCUGAGGCUUUCUCCAUGUGUUGACUUUAACUCUUCUCGUUGUUUGGGAUAUUAUCUUCAGCAGAAAUGAGCGAGGAGGUGUCAGAGGUCCCCAAAGAGCUUCUGGAGAGUGUGAGGGAUGCAGUGGGGAGGAAGGUGAAGCUGUCGCUGAGGAGGAGAGUCAAACUGGAGAUCAAAGGAGACAAGACGGAGAACAGAGUCUUGGCCCUUGCAUCUCACCGAGUCUACCUCUUGACGGCACGCAUCCCCACCAAGGUGGAACACUCCAUUAAUUAUCUGGAGAUCCAGGGGAUUGCUUGUAACAAGCCUACACAGCUGUUCAUAGAGUACGAGCGUGGCUCCUUCUCUCUGAAGCUGCUCUCUACAGAGGAGGUCAAUGAGGUGGUCGCUCACAUAGGAAACUGUAUGCUGAGGAUAUGUCCCGGCCUACCACCGAGUAAAGUGAUGAAGAAGCUCUGCAUGGAGCCUCCAGACAGGCUGACCUCUCUGCAGACUCUGUGGGAGAACAACAAGCCUGCGGAGCCCGGACCCUGUGGUGGGUUUUCUCAGAUGUACAGAUGUGUUUGUGACUGGUUGGGGCUGCCUUACAAAGAAGAGGUGCAGUGGGAUGUGGACACCAUCUAUUUGACACAAGACACCAGAGAACUCAACCUGCAGGACUUCAGCCAUCUGGAGAAUAGGGAUCUGGUGGCUAUAAUAGCAGUCCUGGAGUUUAACCAGUGGUUCACCAAGCUCUCCACAAAGGACUACAAACUGUCUGCAGAUGUGUGUGAGCAGAUCCUUCGAGUAGUGACUCGCUCCAGUCGACUGGAAGAGUUGGUUCUUGACAACGCAGGACUCAAAACUGAUUUUGCCCAGAAGCUAGCUGCUGCCCUGGCCCACAACCCCAGCUCAGGACUCACCACCAUUAAUCUUGCCAACAACCCACUGGAGGACAGAGGUAUCUACUCCCUGGGUGCUCAGUUUGCCAAACUUCGUAUGGGGCUCAAGCAUUUAAACUUCUCCAAAACCUCACUAUCACCCAAAGGGGUGAACAGCCUUUGCCAGUCACUGAGUGCCAACCCGUCCAUCCCCAGCAGCCUGGUCCAUCUGGACCUCUCAGGGAAUGUCCUCCGAGGAGACGACAUGCAGCAUUUCUACCACUUCCUGGGUCAACCCAACAGCCUGGCGACCCUUGACCUCUCCAACACUGACUGCUCAUUGGACCAGGUGUGCUCAGCUCUGCUGCGAGGCUCGGUCCAACACCUCUCUGUUCUUAACGUGUCAAAGAGCGUCUUUCCUCACAGGAAAGGCAAAGAGGUGCCUCCGUCAUUCAAGCACUUCUUCAGCAGCGCCAUGUCUCUGAGCUCCAUCAACGUGUCAGGAACCAAGCUGCCGCCAGAGGCCCUCAAAGCUCUCCUGCUUGGCCUGGCCAGUAACGUCAAUCUGAAGGACGUGUCUCUAGACCUCAGCUGCUGUGAGCUUGGCCAUUGUUUACGGUCAGGAGGUUCUCAGAUCCUUGAAGGUUGUAUUGCCGAGAUCCCAAACAUCUCCAGCCUAGACAUCUCUGACAACGGCCUGGACUCAGACCUGUCCACUCUGCUGGUGUGGUUGGCCAAGAACCGAUCCAUCAGACACCUGUCUCUGGGCAAGAACUUCAACAACAUCAAGUCCAAAAACCUUGCUCCAGUGUUGGACAGCCUGGUCCACAUGAUUCAGGAAGAGGAGUCGCCCCUCACCUCUCUGUCUCUAGCAGACUCCAGACUGAAGAGUGAUCUGACCAUCGUUCUGAACGCCCUCGGCAGCAACUCCUCGCUGACCAGGUUAGACAUCAGCGGGAACGCCAUGGGGGACAUGGGAGCCAAGAUGUUAGCCAAGGCGCUACAGAUCAACUCCAAACUCAGGACUGUGAUCUGGGAUAAGAACAACACCAGCCCUCAGGGUCUUCAGGAUGUAGCAGCCGCUCUGGAGAAGAACUUCACCAUUCGUUUCAUGCCCAUCCCCAUCAUCGAUGCCUCCCAGGCGCUGAAGGCCAGCCCUGAGAAAACAGAGGACGCCUUGCUAAAGAUUGAGAAUUAUCUGUACAGGAACCAUGAAACCAGGAAGUACCUACAGGAACAGGCCUAUCGGCUGCAGCAGGGCAUCGUGACCACAACAACACAGCAGAUGAUUGACAGGAUUUGUGUGAAGGUGCAGGAUCACCUGAACUCUCUGAGGAACUCAGAGACAGACGCCAUCUUGGAGGACGUCAGGUCAGCGGAGUCCCUCAUCAAAGAUGCCAGGAACUCUAAAACGCUGCUCCCUAACCUCUACCACCUCGGAUCAGCUGCCAGAGAGGAGGUGAACAGCUCGUCAGUGGGACCCAUCCAGGAGAAACUGGAGUCUAUGGCUGGGGAGGUGACUAAUGUCAUGGACCAACAACUACAGAGUCUGUUGGAGGCGAUGAUGGACGCAGCAGAAUCUCUGUGUCCCCAUGUGAUGAAGAGGAGUAGUCUUCGUCCAGAGCUAAUGAAGGCCAGCUCAGCCAAGAUGGUCGUACCCAAAAGCUUUGUCACCAGAACCCUCCUGGAGCAGUCCGGGGUGGAUAUUAUCAAUAAGAUCAGUGAGGUGAAACUGAGUCUAGCGUCCUUCCUGUCCGAUCGCAUCGUUGAUGAGAUUUUGGAGGCUCUUUCCACAUCCCAACUCACUCUGGCCGACCACCUGGUGCGACGAGGUCGCCCCUUGGUGCAGCAGGAGUCGGUGGAUCUGGACGUCCCAGAGGAGAAGAUUCCUAAACGGGCAUCGACGGAGUUACUGGAGGCUGAGAGGCUGGAGGAUCUAGAGUCAUGCAUGAUUUUGUGCUGCAGUAUGACUCCUAAAUCCAAGAGGAAGAGCAUCCACAGCAGAAUGCUUCGGCCAGUGUCUCGUGCCUUUGAGAUGGAGUUUGACCUGGACAAGGCCCUGGAGGACGUCCCUGUCCAUGUGGAGGAUAAUUCGACUUCAUCUCAGACUCCACCUACUCCGUCUCAGGGCCUGCCAAAACUGGAGCACCGACCGCCGGGAGUGAUGGUGGAGCUGCCGUCUGAUGAGGAAAAGAAGCUGCAGCACUUCACCAAACUGCGACCCCGACGGAACAAGAAAACGCAUUCCAGCAAAAUACCUCAAAUCAACAGUGCUCCAUCUCAGGAUGGGGAGCAGAAUGGUCUCAUGGGAAGGGUGGAUGAGGGUGUGGACGAGUUCUUCUCUACAAAAGUCACCAGGAUGGACUCCAAACGUUCCAAAAGUUCAGAAUCUCACGAUGGAGAGAAGAAGAAGAGUAAAGGAGGAUUCCUCAACCUCAUCAAACGUUCCACCAAAUCAGAUAAAUCUGAUAAAUCGGACAAAUCAGAUAAGUCUGAGAAAAACCAUGCGACCCCCCCAGCUUCGGGUACAUCCUCAGCGUCUGUAGCCUCAACGCCAGCUUCCAUCCCUGAGGAGCCCUCCUCACCAAAGGUGGCAGUAAAGAGCCCAGCACCUGAGUCAAAGUCCAGAGACGCCUCCAGCCGCUCGCAGCCCGCAGACUACAGCAGCAGCUCAGACCGCUCAGAGGAGCUGAGGACGCCGGACUCCAUGGACGAGCCCUGGGAGUGUUCAGACGGCAGGGGCAGCCCUCAGGGAGGCAGGCGGUACCCGGGGUUGCAGAUAAUGGGCAGCGGCCUCCUGGCAGAGAUGAAGGCCAAGCAGGAGAGGCGAGCACACAAGUCUUCCAGCCCCGACAGACCUGACAGCAAUGCAACAGCAGCCAAGCCUCAGCCCACCACUUCAGAAAGCAGGUCUCCCAGUGGCUCGAUUAAUAAAUCAGACCCUCCGACUGGUUCUCCAGAGAAGAGCCCUCCUCGCGGCGAGACCAAGCCUGACCCGGUGCCUCGUCUCAGGGCUACGUCCUCCUCGAGUUCCCCCGGGGGACCAUUGAGUCCCAAACCGCCGGUGCCACAGGGAGCGAAGCCGGCCCUGGCCGCCCGACCCUCCAUCGCACAGAAGCCGAGGACCAGCAGCACCAGCAGGAGCAUGGACGAGGGCUUAGAUUCCCCCAGCAGCGGCGGCGUGUCUUCUAAGGUCACAGGUCUUCCUCUGACGCUGAAGAGGACGGUGUCAGAGAAAGACAAAGAGGGCCAGACCGGUCUGCAGUCAGGAGGCUCUGCCAACAAAACCACUCAGGAUGUGAGGGUUGGGUCUGUGUCAGACUCUGUUCAGCGACCCAGCCGUCUCCGGACCAACUCUGAGGAUCAUGGCUCCUUGAAGACCAAGGAGCAAUCUCCAAACCCAGACAAGGACAAGGGAGCGCGCAAGAAGUCCUCAGACUCUGGGGAGGAGGCAGACAAAGACUUUAUUUUAAUAUGAGUAAGACACAUUCACAGCAAAAAACCUGUUAACAAGCCUCACAUGUUUUCCUUUAGAAAAGCAACUAAGGGGGAAUAUAAUCAAUAUAUUUAUAUUAGAGGUUGUAUCUGCAGGUUCUGUCUGACCGCAAAAAUACAAAUCAUGUUUGGUUUGCAGGAAGACCUGCUUGUAGUAUCAGGCAAUACACAGUUUCAAAUUAAAGUUUGGUUAUCUAUGAUAAAACUAACACUUUGGGGAAAAUCCUCAGUAAACCUUUCAGUCACAUCAUGUCACCUAGUAAACCAAACUGUGCUAAGUCUCCUAAGAGCUUCCUUCUCACAAACAGCCUUUCCUCCUUUUUCCAUUCCUACUCUCUGCUGUCAGGUGAAAAUCUCAAGUCUCUAGAAGAAUAACCUUUUCAGGAUUUGAGGAAAUGGUUCCUGGGGGUGAUCGAGCAUAUUCAUCCAAUGAAAAAAAAGAUGCUUUCAGGAACCAGCAGACUUUUAUUGCAAAAGAUAGAGAGAGAGAGAGAGAGAGAGAGAGAGAGAGAGAGAGAGAGAGAGAGAGAGAGAGAGAGAGAGAGAGAGAGAGAGAGAGAGAGAGAGAGAGAGACUGUGAAACUAUGAGUGUACAUUGAAAAAAAUCUCUUUCUUUGACUAAUAAUCUAACAUCUUCUUGCUAUUUGUCGCAGUAGCUCGUCUCCCAGGGACCAAACACAUGUAACAAUAAUACCAGGAUCACUGUACUGUACUUGAACUCAACCAUACGACCAGACCAGGACCCAGUGGCAUUUUUUUCCCUUCAAUAUAUUUGUAUAGAUUUUUCUAUAUGCUAUUUUCAGUAUGCGCAGUAUCCGGACUUCAGAGGUGACUGAAUCCAUUAUGCAAUUCAUCUUGUUUUUUUUCAGGAAAAUACAGGUUCAGCUGAGAAUCUCAGCCCACCAUAAAUCACAAAAUACACAUUCGAUGUAGCUUGCCUCACAGCAAAACUACAACUGACUCUGAGAGGAGACGAACUGGACUGAAGGAUAGCUAUAGACUAUAAUAUCAUACAUCCCAACUGUUUGUCUCUGUGUGGGAGAGUUGGAGUGACCAUAUGAAGUGUUGCUUUGAGAGGACUGUGGUACACUUUAACUUCACUGAUAACUAAUCAAUACGGCUUCAGCACUGUUAACUAACACUGUUCUCUGUGUUUAGACACUGUGGGAAAAAAAACAUUUAUCUUAUGAUACCUUUAAACUGCAGACGUGUUUUUUCUGCAGGUUAUGGGGGAAAGGAAUAUAUGUCUGUCAUUAAAGUGCAAUACAGAGGGCGUUCAUGAACAUGUCUGUAAACAGCUUAAUUUCUAGACUAAAUGAGACUAUUAAGCAUUACUAACAGUGUUUAUCUCUGAAUUGCUCGUAAAGACAGAUGGAUUCCUCACUUCUGAUAACACACUUACAUUUAUUAAUAUUCCCCUGGUGUGCUGAAUGUCCAAUGAAAGCAAAGAUCUUACUCAAAAAGAGGGAUGUCACAGCUAAUCUAAUUUGGAAGCCACUGACAUUUGCUUUCCAUUUUAGUAGCUAUUUACAUCCAGAUUUUGACAUUAACCUCUCCAGUCUGAUCUUUGUGUGAAAGUGGGACACUGAGGGAACUCCAGCCCUUCAAACACUUCAGACUUGACCUUCAGGGCUUUCAAAUUCAGCUCACUUUCACUUCACUCUGUGCAAAGACAAUGUUGUUGUUGUUUUAAUUCAACCUAUAAGGAGGUGGUAUUUGUUAAAAAAUAAUUGAGAAUGCAGUGCCUGAAGUGAAAGUGCACUGAGGCUAUUCUGUAUGUAGCAUUUUCAGGACCUGAAUGCUACACAACAACAACAACAAAAACAUCAUCAUCAUACUGUAGGUCUCAGGCCUCUUAUCUUUGUCAUUAAAGAGUAAGAAAUGCCCUUUUCACACUGCUACACUGUCAACAAACAGAUUCUCAAGAUAACCUUGUGUUCAAAAUCUUUUAUCUUAGCAUUAAUUGACAAAGGUAAGGUUUGUACCUUUGGCGUUUGAUUGUUUUCUUUGAUUUAGAAUCAUACCGUUUUUACUAAUAUUAGAUAUACAGGUUGGGACAGAUAUUUAGCCUUUGCAUUCGAUUAUGCUGCAUUCACGUCAUAUUGGAGUUGCCAUAAUUACCAGUUAACAUACAAAUACCAUCAACAAAAACGUCUUCUUUUAAAUGUGCAGGAUGCCGCUUGGUGGCCAUCUGUUGGUAGCAUCAAAAAUCACACUGCAGAAAAAUACUGAAAAUGAUCUCACAGAAGCCAAACUGUUACUAAAUCAAUAAAAUUACUAAAAGAUUAUGGAUAUAUUUUACACAAUAAAGUUACACAUAUCUUUAAAUUUUCUUAAAUUUUCCUUAAAAAGCAAACAAAUGUGAAUGCCUCGCAUCAGUCCAUCAUUUAGAGAAAAUAAACCCAAAUUGAAUGGAUAUAAUGAUAUUGUCAUUACACAUUAUUUUUUAACCCAAUAUCCAAUCAACUUUGCAAUCAUACAAACUGAUGACAGAAAUGCUGGCAUGUCAUAAACAUGGGAAUCCGUCCCGUUUCUGCCAUCAUCCUAUAUUACGUGAACGCAGCAAUAUAUCCCAAAAACACCUGUAUGUGAGGUGAUCCAACUAACGUUUCAUUAUAUCAACAUUAACCACUGUGGCAUUACUUUUACUUUGGACUAUCUAGCUGUUGUGUGCCAAACUGUGCUCCAACAUUAAUAUUAAAUGUGCACCAGAUCGUGUCUAGAAUAUAACCCGCAAAUUGCAAAAAACUUAGCCAAAACUUCACAAACUUAUCCUAACUUUAACCAUUCGAUGGUCAAUGUCUAACCUUAACCACUUUGUGAGAGUAUCGCAAUUUUGUGUGUUACCUUCUAGCCACGACCGUUUACCUUUAUGCGCAGUGUGAAAGGGGCACAACUUGUAUUUUGUUGUAAUGUACUAGAGUCUAAUUCAAGUCAGGGCCAAAGGUCUUACUGGUGCACCUUUUCCUAUGGUGUCUAUCGAUGUCUUUUUGUAGGAUUAUGAUAAGAUUUUGUGUCACUAAUCAUGGCUCGGAAAUAACACUGUUCCUGUUGUAUAUAGUUAAUCUGUCUCUGAUGUCAACAAACUGCUUCGAUUUACAGUCUCAGUCCCAAAACAUCACUUUUUGUUUCAAAGGUGUUCCAGGACACUGAAAAAAAUACCACUACUUACUUUGCAAUACUUUUAAAGCAAACACACGUAGCUGUGUGCUGUAUUCUGUUGACAUUUUUUUUUUUUUUUUUUACAUUUUCCUGAUGCAAGGAAAUCAUAUGGACAUCCUCUUCUCUCUGUUUUUGCUUUCUGUUUGGGAUUUCAGAAGCAGCUGGCUGUGUUUCUGUCAAGUUGUGUGUUCAAUCCUGAGAAAUCCUCUUCAUUUCUGUUGGUGCACGGAGUGGAGAAAGUGAAAAUAACCAGUAGCAUCGAGUCUAGACUCCCGAGUCUAUGUGUGUGUGUGUGACUGCAUGAUGUGGCUGUGAGUUGUACUGUAUGUAUAUAUGUGCUUUCAUACAUGUAGGAGUGUGCGUGUGUAUAUAUGUAUGUGUAAUUAUACGCACAUGUAAUAUACACACUGUGAUACAUUCACACGCCUAUGUGAACACAGCAAAUCCUAUAUUGUUUUGGUACUAAGUACACUACUAUACUAGGGGUUUGUUUGUAACUUAUUUGGAAUAAAAAACAGUGGCCGGUGA